ACACUUAAAAGCAGUAGAGUAUAAUGUCUUGGUUUCUAACCAUAUUCCUUCUCAGUACUCUAGCAUUUGCUACUCCUUCAGUUGCUAACCAUGAGGAGCUGCCUCAGUCUGGUGUUGUAGUAGGCAAAGUAUACUGUGAUACUUGCUUCCAAGACGGGUUCGUGAAAACAAGCCACUUCAUUUCUGGGGCGUCUGUUGGUGUGGAGUGCAAAGAUGGCAGUUCAUCAAAACCUAGUUUUCAAGCACAAGCGAAAACAGAUAACCAAGGAGUGUUCAAAGUUCCCUUGCCUUUCUCAGUCAGCAAACAUGUGAAGGGAAUUGAAGGGUGUUCUGUGAAGCUAAUCAGCAGCAGUGAACCUCAUUGUGCUGUAGCCUCAACAGCAGCUUCAUCUUCGCUUCCCCUCAAGUCCAGGAAGCAAGGGACACACAUUUUCUCAGCUGGGUUAUUCGCCUUCAAGCCCAAGCAAGGCAACCUAUGUAACCAAAAACUAAGCACCAACAAGCUGUCAGUUCCCUCAUCAUCGGUUCAAGAACAAAAGUUACUAGGACUCCCAGGUCUUCCGGGACUACCAGGUCUACCUGGACUUCCGGGUCUUCCGGGUCUUCCGGGACUCCCAGGGCUUCCCGGAAUCGGUGCCCACCCUGAGAAAAUGGAAACCAAAACUACUACGUCUAAGGUAGAGAGGCACCUGAUUGCCCUAGUCCCAGGUCAAAAAGCAAGCACAAAAUCGGUUGAAGAACAAAAGUUACUAGGACUCCCAGGUCUUCCGGGACUCCCAGGCCUUCCUGGACUCCCAGGUCUUCCUGGACUUCCAGGAAUCGGAGCCCACCCAGAGAAAGAGGAAGCCAAAACUCCUGCUUCUAAGGUAGAGAGGCACCUAAUUGCCGGACUCCCAGAUCUUCCGGGACUCCCAGGCCUUCCCGGACUCCCAGGUCUUCCUGGACUUCCAGGAAUCGGGGCCCACCAAGAGAAAAUACCAGAGUCCAAUUCUGAAACCAAAACUUCAAAGGUAGAGAGACACCUGCUUGUCCCAGGUCUUCCAGGACUCCCGGGACUUCCGGGACUUCCAGGGCUUCCGGGUCUCCCAGGGCUUCCGGGACUUCCGGGUCUCCCAGGGCUUCCGGGACUCCCCGGACUCCCAGGUCUUCCAGGAAUAGGAGCACAAACAGAAAAAGUUACAGAAAAGACUGAUGAUGUAGCCUCUUCUUCUCCUUGAUAUGUAUCUCAAGUAAUAUCGUAGUUUUUCUCUUUUUUUUGUUGUUUGCCAAAGCUUCUACGUUACCAUAUAUGUUGGCACUAAGCUAUUUAGGUUUUAUAAGUUUGUACUUUGUAAGGACUAAGCCACGAGCAUAAUAAUUAACAAUAAUAAAUAAUUGUAUUUGGGAAUAAA